AUGUGGGAUUUAUUCUAUUUCAAAUUGCUUUUCUGGCUAGUGUUGAUAUCCUUAUGCAUAUUUAUGGUACACCGGAAUGGAAAGGUUGCCAACAAAUUUCGUGAGCUACGUUCGAGAUUCCAAUCGCGCUUCGAUAGACAUAUUAGCCUAAAUGACUCUUUUACUGAUGAUUUAGAGAGUGGUCUGCAUUCAAGUAAUUUUGAUAUCAUUUCAGAAAAUAACAACGACACUAGAGGCGGAUUGGACGAUAUCUCCAAAAACGAGAUCAAGCAAAUAAUGGAAAAUGACAGUAUAAGUUUCGAUAAAGCUAGGCUACUGUACAUGGAAAGGAAAUUUGGUCAAAAUGGCAUAGCCCCCGAUGGGACGCCUAUUGACCCUAAGGCUUUCACCUUUGAUUAA